UUAUGUCCCGUUAUCCUGUCUAGUCGUAGCCGCUUGUAGAGUCGUAUAAAGUCCCUAGAUAUUCUGCUCUUUUUGCAGUCGUAGAGUCUGUGUUGUAUGUAUACGCCCAUCAUGUGCCAUGGCUGCUGUUGACGAUUUGAAAGCAGUCGGCGUGAUCGAGAAAGACACCAACAAUGAUGUGUUGUGGACGUGGUCUUACCCGUCUUUUACGUCAGAAGAUCGUUCCCUACUUCUGGCAAAAUGUGACUUGGAAAACGAUAACAUGUCAAGUGAACGGCCUGUGUGGUUCCGCUACUGUCACCAUCACAGGGAUUGGUUUUACAUGUACCAGACAGAAGUUUUUGACAGCGACAACCUAAGCCGAGUUAAACUCUUCGUUCUCGUGUUGCACACCAAGGACUUCAGCCCCGAGAAGUACGAGACGCUAUCGAGAAUACUUAGCAAAGUGUACUGCAAGACUGGAGACCCCACAGCGCUGCUGCGGCUUUUUUUGUCUGUGUCAGUCAAGGGGUCAUGCACAACCGAAGAAAACGGAACGUUUCUGUUGAGCAACUUCGAUCGGAAGCGCAGCCUUGCGCAGGUGCCCAUCAAAGAUAUCAUAAAAAUGUUCGGUCUGGAGACGAUAAUCAUCUACACUGCAAUCAUCCUGAAAAAGAGGGUGAUUGUCUACCAUCAUAAACUGAAUGUUCUGCUCAACUAUGUCAGGGCCUUGACUGCUUUGAGCACACACAAACCACAGUGGGAGUACUUCUUUCCUUUUAUGGAGCUGAGUCCUACUGAAGUGGUUGAGCUUUCAGAGAUGCCACAUUACUUGGCAGGAUUCCGUGAUGCCAGCGUUGAAGGCCGUUUAGAACUCUAUGAUGUCUUCGUCAACUUGGCUGCCAUUGAAAUCACUGUGGCACCACAUUCAAAAGAGGCCUUCCAGAUGAGCAAGAUGCACAAGGAAAUUGCUAUGUUCAUGGUGCGACAGGCAGAUAAUGACAAUUUAUCUGACCAAGAUGUCGUGCAGGACAUUGCAGCCAAGACGGAGGAGUUGUUGCUCAACAUGAAGAGUGCCAUGGCUCCUGGCACAAGCGGCAAGCCAGUGGUCAGCUUUGCAAAGCUGCAGGGACUCAAGCUAGCACCUGCACUUGAAAAUUUUUAUUGGAACUUGGCAGUAGCUGAAGGACUGGUGGAUGCGUAGUCAGUACAUAGAGAGGCACCAGCACGCAGUGACCAUGCAUGUGGGCUUGUCAGUGGUUCCUAGUACAUUAACUUUUAAUUAAAUGUGCAGGUCGAGCUUUUAUUCCAGGAAGUAAUCUUCUGCAGAUUGUUGCUGUGACAUAACAACAGUUGUACAUAGGAAAGGAGCUUUUUUUUAAUGCUAUUUAUUCAUGAUCAGUUAGAGCAAGUAAAUGGUGUUCUUUUGUGGAAUCGUGCCUAGUGUUUUCUCUUGUAGCAACACCUUACAAGCAAUUGUCAAGGAACACGGACAAUGCUCACAAAUUUCGCUUGAUUCCCUGUUAUUACUUUGUACUAUUUUAUUUUUGGUUCAUGGGUGCCACCAUCUUGGGCUGUUACAUGAACAAUUUUUAAUUUUUGUGCAAAGUGGUGUCAAAUUAAUGUGGCCAUGAAGCACUGUAUGCAUUUUCACAGCCAUUUUCUUGCAUACAAGUCGGCUGUAGUGCUAUGCAUUCGGUUGUCGCUUAUAGAAAAGGGCAGCUUUAACAGUUAAGCCCACUGGCACCACUCAAAUGCUUCCAUAAAAUAGUCUGCAAGGAUGUGUCAUUUUUGGCCACUCUCAGCGCUAUAAAUGCUCAUGUAACCCCAUCAAAUGCUUUAGCAUUCACAGCCCUCUUUACUUUCCACUUCCACUGCUUAAAAGUACUUCAGAUCACCCUCCCAUUCUCCAGUGAUUACCUCCAAUCCUUGGACUCGUUUAUUGUCAACAGCAGACUCAUAAUACGAUUCCAGUUAACUCUUGAACACAUUUGCUGUGAUGCCAGAUAGAAAUAAAGGCCCCCUAGUGCUAUGUAUUGUUGUAUAAAUCUUGUUCGAACUCCCUCAAAUCAUUUUCAAUUUAUGUCCACUCUUUAGCAAAUUUUGUUCACUCUACGCUUGCCCUCUAUCAGCUUUUUACUGCAUGCUAUCCUACAGAAUAACCACGUCUUGUCUGCCUGUUGUGUAUAUUCCUGCCAAACGAUAAUUACUCUCUACUGACAUCUUUUAACCUAUAUUUGAAUUUUAGACAAGCGAUAGGUUGGGUCGGUACACUUUUCUCAUCAUGGGGCUUCGCUGCGGAUGCACAGCUGGUGUGAACAUAGAGAUAAAAUGGUGCACACCUAUAUCAUAACUUGUAACUGAUCGCAGUAAAAUACCUCUGAAACGGUGAGCAAAAGCAUAAAGAGGAUUACAGGGUAAAGGAACGAAGCUUGACUACUUAUUUCAUUGCAAGUUAAAUCGCUUAUAAGCGGAUGCUAUUGAGCCAGAAAAUUUUUUUCUGAUCUUGAUAAGGCACUGUCAUGGCCGGGAAACUACAUUGUCAUCUCACAGCUCAUUUACUAAGCAUCACAUUGAUCAAGCCACUAUAUAAAUAUAAACACAAUAGAGCCAUUUGUCUCUAAGCUCAUUUUUUAUAAAUUCAUAAAUAAAGGCACCGUGGGAGUGGAAAAUUUCAGUAUUCUGCUGAUGGGUGCUCACUGCGAGUAGAUAUGCUGUGCCUUGAGUUAUGAUGUGCUGUCUUGAUGCAAAAUUUGGGCCGUCACAGAGACUAGUGCAUACUUAAGCUGGACAAGCCGAGGUGGUUUAUCCUAUCCAAUUGUGACAAAACAUUUCACUGUUGUCGGAAGAAUAA